CUUCCUCGGCCUUCGCCGCGCGUCAUGGCUCUGUCAGUUCCCGGCUACUCGCCCAGUUUCAAAAGGCCGCCCGAGACCUUGCGGCUCCGACGGAAAAGGGGCCGGAGCCUUGGAGCUGCUCCCCCGCCCAAGGAGCGGCCUGAGCAGACGACCCGCCGCGCUGCCCUGGCGGCCGGGCUGCCUCUCCGCCCCUUCCCGGCGGCGGCGGCGAGCAGAGGCGGCGGCGCCCCGGCCGCGGCCCGAAGAAACCCCUUCGCUCGACUGGACAACCGGCCGCGGGCCGCCUCCGAGCCUCCCGACGGGCCGCCCCGCAGCCAGCAGGAGGCACCGGGCCCGCGUUUAGAUUCUAAUCAAGAAAAUGAUUUGCUAUGGGAAGAAAAGUUUUCUGAAAGACGAGCCAUUAGUGAAUUUCUCCAGAUUCCUCAUGUAUCAUUCUCCGAAUCUGAUAUUCCAUCCUCAGAAAGUACUGAGUUACCUGUGGACUGGAGUAUUAAAACUCGACUCCUUUUUACCUCUUCUCAACCCUUUACCUGGGCAGAUCAUUUGAAAGCACAGGAAGAGGCUCAAGGUGUCAUCCAGCAUUGUAGGGCAACAGAAGUCACUUUGCCUCAAAGUAUUCAGGAUCCCAAACUCUGCACUGAGCUCCGUUGUGCCUUCCAGCAGAGCCUUAUUUAUUGGAUCCACCCUGCCUUCCCAUGGCUCCCACUGUUCCCUCGUAUUGGAGCUGACAGAAAAAUGGCUGGAAAGGCAAACCCUUGGUCAAAUGAUGAAACCCUGCAACACAAUUUACUGAGUGACUGGUCUGUGAGCUUAACUUCUCUAUAUAAUCUGCUGAAGACAAAACUUUGCCCCUAUUUCUACGUUUGUACCUAUCAGUUUACUAUCCUGUUCCGUGCAGCAGGAUUAGCAGGAAAUGAUGUCAUGACAGCCCUUGUAUCUCCUACCACUAGAGGUAUCAGAGAAGCUAUGAAAACCGAAGGUAUUGAAUUUUCUCUGCCUUUAAUAAAAGAAAAUGGCCAUGAGAAGAAGGAGGCAUCUGGAACAGGCUUAGGACAUGGGGAGGGGCAAGCAGUCAGCGAUGAGGAUGAAGAAGAAAGUUUUUCCUGGCUGGAAGAGAUGGGUGUGCAAGAUAAAAUUAAAAAACCAGAUGUACUUUCUAUCAAGCUGCGUCAAGAGAAACAUGAAGUACAGAUGGAUCACAGACCCGAGUCUGUUGUGUUGGUAAAGGGAAUGAACACCUUCACAUUGCUCAAUUUUUUAAUCAACUGCAAGAGUUUAGUUGCUUCCUCAGGUCCACAGGCAGGACUUCCACCAACCCUCUUAUCCCCUAUAGCUUUCCGAGGGGCCACAAUGCAAAUGCUUAAGGCACGAAGUGUAAAUGUGAAGACACAAGCUCUUUCUGGAUACAAAGAUCAGUUUAGUUUGGAGAUUACAGGUCCAGUCAUGCCUCAUUCUCUACAUUCCGUGACCAUGCUGCUCAAAUCUUCACAGAGUGGGUCAUUUUCUGCAGGACUGUAUACGCAUGAGCCAACUGCUGUAUUUAAUACCUGUCUACCAACUGAUAAAGUACUGGAUAGGGAGGCUGUCCUUGAGGAGCUUUCCAACUGUGGAUUGCAUCCUAAAACCCUGGACCAUCUGAGUCAAACACCAGUACUGGGGAAAUCCUCUUUACGGCAUGUGGAAAUGAGUGACUGCAUGUAUAACUGGAGAUCCUGAACACCAAAGUAAGCCUAAAAGGAAUCUUUGAGGAAAAAAAGGCUUCUAGCAAGGAAAUUCAAGAUUCUUAUACCUUUGGCUUUAAAGUUCACUUUGGAAGUUAAAAAGAAUAUAACUAAAAAUAUUCAGAUGUUUACAAAUAGUUAACUUUUUACAAUAGCUUUUAUUACAUUCACUAAGCAGGAUUAAGGUUUAAAAAUCAACAUUUUGUUUUUUACUGUUUUGAUUAGGUAUUCAGAUAUGAAGAUAACUCUUUUAAAACUUCAGAUAACUUGAAUGAAAAUUCCUAGAUCCAUAUAACUUAAUUAUAAACUGGGUAGAAAAACUCAAGUGUUUCCUAACGAGUGGAAAUUGAGGCUUAGUAGGAAUUAUGGUGUUGCAACUAAUAGCAUCAGGGCCAAACUAUUACCUUCAUCAGUUUACUUAGGAUCAUUAGCAAGUUCCAGUUUUAUAAAGGUAGAAAACAAAUGUAGACGGUAUCCACUGAGCCGAUUGUUGAUGCUUCCAGUUUAGUUGUUUUCCUAUCUGUUUACAAUUCCUCUAUUCUCAAAAUACAUUAAAACUUGUUUUUAAUUGCAUGUUAAUUCAGAUAUGGGCAUUUUGUAUUACACACAGAAUAGUGUUAAGAGUUGUAAAGAAUGCUCAGCUGUCAUGAUAAAGUAGUAUUUAAUA